AUGUCCUGCUACGACCUGUACCCCUCCUCUGCCUGCGGCGUCAUCCGUCCCCAGCCCCUGGCUGACACCGGGAACGAGCCGUGCGUGCGCCAGUGCCCCGACUCCACCGCCGUGAUCCAGCCUCCCGCCGUGGUGGUCACCUUCCCCGGGCCCAUCCUCAGCUCCUUCCCGCAGGAUUCCGUGGUGGGAUCUGCUGGAGCACCGUUCCUUGGAGCCUCUGGGGCCUCCCUGGGCUAUGGGGGCUAUGGGUCCCUGGGCUAUGGGGGUUAUGGAUAUGGGGGCUAUGGGGGUUAUGGAUCCCUGGGCUAUGGGGGUCUGUGGGGCUAUGGGGGGUACCGGGGUCUGUAUGGCUCUGGCAGAGGCUUUGGGCGCUACGGCCGUGGCUUCUGGGGGUCCUGCUAA